AUGGCCUAUCCACGUGUCAUUAAAAACAUUACAGUUCUCCGUACAUCUCCACUUCGUGUUCGUGUCUAUCUUGUAGCCCAAGGUCCAUCGAGAUCGAUUCCAUUCAGUGUCGAAGGUAUGGUAUGCCAGGCUGGUUUCGAUCAAAAUGCUGCCAAUGCUGCUUGUCGAUCAGAAAACUUUCAAAAUGCCGUCAUGGUUACUAACAUUGCCUGGCAUGAACCACCUGCUAGCUACGGACAACAAUGCAUCAUGGAUACUGAAUCUUACAAGAGUGUCAUUCCAUGUGAAUAUAUCUUGCAUCAAUUGAACUGUGCACCCUCGGCAACUAAUCUAGCAGACUGUCGUUUUCCUCCAUUAUUUAGUCAAUCGUUGGAAUGCAAUGCAUAUACACAUGUUGGACUUAUCUGUACCUAA